AGAAUCUCCCCAGUCAGGGUAAAUCUGCCAGCGAACUUAGACGUGCCUGUGUGCCGGGUUGAUGGUGUCCUAUAUGUGCAUGAACGAUGUGAUUAUUUCACGUUCGCGAUCAACCGGCAACAAAAUUACAUUAUAUUAAAAGGACAACACCAAAUUUUUCAUCACAAUCGUAUAAUAUUCGUCAAUAAUUAUUAUACAUUGUUCGUAUGAUAUCAUGAGAAGAAAUUAAUUAAAGACUGGAAAUUAUUUUUCCUAUUCAUAUGGGUCCAAUCGAUCAAUGUGAUUAAGUCGUGAUCGGAGGAUCAAUAUACGGUCCCAUAUUUAAUUGGGGCCGUAAAGGAAUUAUCUCGGACAAUAACAGCUCUAAUUAUUUACUCAUUUAAAGCUAAUUGGAAUUAAUUCGUUGGUGCUUUUUUUCACUUUUCUUUUUUAGUGAACUUUCGUUUGUUUGUUUGUUUGUUUGUUUGUUCGGUAUCCGUUAUAUUGAUGGGAUUGUGUAACUCGAUCAUCGUUGUGAUUUUUAUGUCUGGAUUGUAGAUCUAUUUAAAUGUAUAGAUAUUAUGUACGUAUGAAAAAAAGAUAUAGAAUGUGUGCAUAUAUUCUUAUGUGACACUGUGCGAAUCAUUGUGUUAUCUGGAAAACUUUAGACAUCGUGUUUGUUGGUGACCCUUUUCUUAAAUUGGAUUCAGUGAAUCAAGGUUAGAUAUCAUUUGGGAAUGAAGAUCAAAGAAAGAGAAUUCGUAUCUUAUCUUUAUUGGUGGUACAGUUGAAAUGAUCUUUCUUUAUUUCCAAAUACUUAUAAAAUGGUGUUAAAUCGUUCAGAAAAAAUAAAUACGAAGGAAAAUAUAAAUGAAUUAGUGAUCGCGUAAAGUGAUGAUGGGACAAGUUUAAAGAAUAGAAAUAAAGCAGUGACUUUGAGUGAAUAAAGAAAACAAAACGGCAUAUUCGGGAAAAUAUUUUUAAAAAAAGAAACAAUAAAAAAAAGUGGUAUCUUUGGUAUUUUUGAACUUUCGACUAAAACUUUUCUCAUAACGAUCUUUUGAAAACAUUUAUCCAGAGAGGAAAUAUAUAUAUAUAAUAUUAGAACGAUCUUCUUUAGAAAGUUAUAACUCGUGCAGGGAAAGGGCUCGGUGUGGUUAUUUGUUCGCGUGUAUUCGUUAAGGCCCACAUACACAUAAACAAACACACAUACAUACACACACACACACACACAUAUUUAUACACUACCCACACAUACAUAAAACCGCGUAUGUAGUCACUUUGGGUGUGGAAUUCUCGGUGUCGCAAAAGUUUCGAAGAUCGAGUGGUUUAUUUUACUUUGCAAAGUGAAACGACGGUACGAAAGUUCUUCAGAUACUUCGAUCGAUCCUUUUUUUUAUCGAUCAAAUUUCUUCCUCUUCCCCUUCCCCUCUCUUCACUUUUUCAUGUUGUAUUUUUUUUCCACCCCUUCUCCCGUAACGUGCAUCACGAGUUGGAUAAACCCGCACGCACACGCACAGACGCGAGGAAAAAGUUAAAAAAGAAAUAAAAGAAAUAAACUCUAAAUGAUGGAAGAACUAAUUAUGAUAAUAAUGUGAAUCGUUUGAAUAAAAACAAGUGGACAAACGUUUGAACACAUAAAUUUUUGGAAAUGGCUUUAAGAUGGCAAGCAAGACUCUCCAUCGCUGCCAUACUAUUCAUGUGCACCGAAGACACGUUGAGCCUGGGUGACCGGACGUUGGAUAACAUGGAUAGAAGAACAAGUCAAAGUAAUAGGCCUCGUCAACAAAUUUUGGAUAAUUCGUCGGGUCUGAAAAUCAAGCCAGAACCUAGUUUCGAUUUUUCCCAAAAUACGAACGUGACUGCGUUGAUCGGGAAAUCGGCCUAUCUAAUUUGCCGAGUACGUAAUCUCGGUGAUAAAACGGUAUCCUGGGUUAGGCACAGAGACAUUCACAUCUUGACGGCCGGUGCUUACACGUAUACGAGCGACCAACGAUUUCAAGCUUUGCAUCAAAAAAAUACAGGUCAGAACAGCGAAUGGUCGGAGUGGACACUUUGCAUAAAGUGGGCACAGGAAAGAGAUCAAGGAAUCUACGAGUGCCAGAUAUCAACCAUUCCACUAAAAUCGCAUCAGUUUCGAUUGAACGUCGUUGUACCUACAGCAACGAUACUAGGUGGUCCAGAAAUGUACGUCGGUGCAGGAAGUACGAUAAAUUUGACGUGUGCCAUCCACUUCAGCUCGGAACCACCGGCCUACAUCUUCUGGUACUACAAUGAGAACGUCCUCAGUUACGACAGUCCCAGGGGCGGUGUUUCGGUGAUAACCGAAAAGGGUGGCGACGUCACAACCUCCUGGCUUCUCAUCCAAGCUGCACAACCCUCCGACUCUGGGGAAUACAGCUGCAAACCCAGCAAUGCCAAUACGGCCUCCAUUAGGGUUCACGUACUCCAUGGUGAGCGACCGGAAGCGAUGCAAACUGGAACAGCGGGACCCACUUUAUCUUCGAGCUGUCUUUUGGUGUCUCUGAUCAUUUUGUACAUAUCCUCGAUGUAAACGAACUUAAGUAACCUUAACGAAUGUCGCUGCAAUGCCGUUUAGAUCGUGUUUCAAAAUCCAUCGAGAGGUACGUUUCACAUUUUGAAAUAAAUCUCGAUUACGAACUAAAAAAACAACAAAAAAAGCAACAAACGAAAA